ACACAAACAGCCAAACAAACCCCUCCCCUCUCUCUCUAUUCACAACGCCGGAGCCGGAAAUGAAUAUUCCGGCGAUCGAUUCCUCUCUGCACGCACGCAAUGCCCUCGACUCACUCCAUCGCCAUCACGUCUUCCAUGAAAAACCCUAAGCGAAAACAACCAUCAGUUUUUGUUUGCAGAGUUUCAAAGUCAUUCGAUCCUUUUCUAAACUAGAAAGAAAGGCAUCGAUUUGUUUUUUUUGGUUUGGUUUUGUUUUGUUGUUGAUUUUGAGUAGAUAUGUGGACCGGAUUGAUUUGUGUUGGUGUGAUCGGAUGAGACAAAUGAUCGGGUGAUGUGAGAUUGUAUUAAUUGUUGAAUUUAAUAUUUUCCAACCUAACCUCACAGAGAGCACUGAUUUCGUGGUCCAGUGCCAUGGAUUUAUGUGAAGUUUAUUUCAGGAACAGUUUUGAUUUUUGACGAAUCACUAUAACAAACAAGAGUCGCAGUACUGACAGAGUAUAAUUAAGCGGUAUUCACAACAUAAAACCAGUUAGAAACAGAGGCGAUAGAAGCUAGUAUGCCUCCAAUGAAGAUUCAACCACUGGAUUCUCAAGCGUUCCGAGAAUCGAUCAGAAACGAUUCAGCCAAACCUGUGUUAAAAUCGCGUCUCAAGAGGCUCUUCGAUCGGCAGUUCCCAAGCGUUCUGCGUAUUUCGUCAGCGGAGAAGCCUCCCGUCGGAGAACCGCAGUACGGCGAGGAUGUAGGAGGGGCCGAGUUCGAGCCAAAUUCCGUCUGUUUGGCAAAAAUGGUGCAGAAUUUCAUCGAGGAGACUAACGAGAAGCAAUCAUCUGCGAAAUGCGGACGCAAUCGCUGCAAUUGCUUCAACGGGAACAAUGACAGCUCCGAUGACGAAUUUGAUAUCUCUAGUGGUUUUGGUGACUCAAUACCUCCUGCUUCGUCUGCCGAUUCUUUCGAUAAUCUCAAGAGUUUGAUUCAAUGCGCGACUGUUUCCGAGAGAAACCUCUUGGCAGACGCUUCAACGAUCCUCGAUAAGAAUAAAGCUUGCAAGCUGAAGGAUGAUCUGAAAAAAAUCGUCACCGACGGUCUAUUGCUUCUCGGCUACGAUUCUUCAAUCUGCAAAUCGCGAUGGGAGAAAUCUCCCUCAUAUCCAGCCGGGGAAUACGAGUACAUAGAUGUGAUUGUGGAAGCAGAGAGAGUGUUAAUAGACAUUGAUUUCAGAUCAGAGUUCGAGAUAGCUCGAUCGACUGGAAGCUACAAAGCGAUCCUCCAAUCUCUGCCGCACAUUUUCGUCGGCAGAGCCGAUCGUCUCCACCAAAUCGUAUCGAUUCUAUCGGAGGCCGCGAGACAGAGCCUGAAGAAGAAAGGAAUGCACAUCCCUCCCUGGAGGAAGGCCGAGUACAUGAUAGCCAAAUGGCUCUCUCCUCACACCAGAACCACCACCGCUCCUCCGCCAGUCGCCGCCGUCGAGGAGACUCACUCUCCGCCGCCGUUUCAGAGUGACUGCGGAGAGUUUGAAUUGAUCUUCGGGGACAAAACGGCGUCGGAGGAGGAAACCGAAUCGCCGCCGCCGCCGCCGCCGGAGAAGAAUUCCGGCGAGGGAGAGAAGUUGCCGGUGGUGGCCUCCACGUGGCAGCCUCCGGCGAUAAAACCGAAGAGAUGCGAGGGAGGAGUCAAGGUGGUUACCGGAUUAGCUUCUCUGCUCAGAGAGAAAUCCUGAAAAAUUUUGGAUUUUUAUUUUUAUUUUCAAGUACAAAUAUAUAAAUAUAUUAUAUAUUGAGAUAAUCAAACAAUUUUUUUUUCUUUUUUAUUCCCUUCUUGAGUUUUUGUUGGUAAGGGUAUUAUGUAAGAGAAGUAUAAAUCUAUGAUAAAAAUUGAGAAAUAGAUAGAUAUGAAGCCGUUUAUUGCUUUUAAAAAAACUGAAAUCUUAUCAGGAUUCACACAGUUUAUCCAAAUGUUCCUUAAUUUUGAA